AAAUAGGUGGCGCCAUCUUUAACACAUCGCGAGGUUAGGUCGCUUGUGUGCUAAAAACACUGAAACCUUACUGAAAUAUUUUUGUAAACAAUACCCGUUUCUCAAUACGUUCGCGUAUAGUUUAAAUGACGAUCGCUUCGCAAACGUAUCGCGCCCGUUUUAACACAAUUUCGACGAACGACACCAAUAAUGUCAGUCGAGUAUAAAUUUGAGCCAAGUUGAGAAUCUUUUAUUUUCGCGAACGAUUCGCGCCCGGUUUUAAAUUGGUAAUAACAAAGCAAAUCGAAGCAUGAACGGAGCCAACAUGGAACCAAACAAAUCUGGAUCAACACCAAGCGCAGCCUCCAAGCUACCAAAAAACUACAAACUUAUAGUCGAUCCGUUUCUGGUUAAGGGGGCUGCCAAACUUUAUCGAUAUGAUGGUAUCGUUCCCGAUGGAGUUUGCGCCCCCGUUGUACCUAGAGAUCCAAGGUCUCAUCUAACACGUAUUUGGACGCGAUUAGAAACCAUUGAUUUACCCGUACCUAGAUUUAAAAUCGAUUCAAACUACGUUGGAACUCCGCCGUCGAUCGAAGUAACGAUAUUUCAAUUAAACGAUAACAUUGAUAGACAAUUCCUUCGCGAUAUGGUUCAAAAAUACGGAACCGUCGAAGAAUUACAUAUUUAUUUUCAUCCGGCGACGAAUAAACACUUGGGAAUUGGUCGGGUUGUUUACGAAACGGUGAAAGGGGCGAAAUUAUGCGUGGAAAAAUUAAAUAACACUAGUGUAAUGGGGAAGAUACUCCAAGUUUUUUUAGAUCCAUUCGGGGAAAAGUGUCGUUUGCGUUUUGAGGAGUUUACGGUUGAAAAAAAACCGCCGCCGCCGCCCCCCAUUGAAGAUAAGCCAAAAAAAGAUAUCCCCGAAUCGAAAAAAGUCCCCGAAAAAGAUCUCAUUGAGGAAAAACACGAAAAAGACGUAGAUUUAAUAAAAAAUGACCGAGAAGACCGAUUAUCAACAUCAGGGAAAGAUCAGCGAACAAAUUACAAUCACCGGUACGUUCGGAACGAUUACGCAACCCCAGGGUCUUCUGAUUUAGGUUACGGAACUGCCGCCAGUGAAUAUUCCACAAGUUAUGGUUCAAAUGAAACCACCCCAAUUGGAUACGAUUACAUGAAUAUGCCCAUGGCGACACCUUACGCUCAUUAUGGACCGUACAUGGGGGCCACACCAAUUUGGCCACCACAUAUGACACCGCAACAAUGGCCUCAUGACGCGUGGAAUAAAUCGAACGUUCCGAUGGCGGCAGCACCCCCGGUUCAUAAAUGGCCGGGGGAUAAUGAGGAGCGGUUUCGGAAUAAUAAAGAGCGAGAUGCACAUGAAUGGAAAGAUCGGGAGCGGGAUAAAAAGAGGGGAAAAAGUAAAAAGAAAGAUAAGGAGAAAGAUAAAGAGAAAGAGAAGGUUGAGGAAGAUGGGAAGACGCUUGAUUUAGAUACACGGAUUGCGAUGUUACUUAAAGGGAAAGGUUCCGGUGGGAUGGCACCCCCGUUUUUAUCGUUGGGGGUAGAUUCCGACGACGAUAAAACUAGUUUGGAUAAAUCAGUGAAUUCCGUACCUAUUCCAAUGUCUGUAGAUAGCGACGAUGAUCGUUCUAGUGUAUCUUUAAGCGACCUCCCCAUCAACCCACCACCACCGGAAGUCGACACAGCUUCCACAAAACCCAAUGAAACCCCGCCUUUAUUAUCAAACCCACCGUCGCCGUUUUUAUCGAAAGAAAUUUAUUUGCAAUGUUACCGCGAGGCUUUAGAAAAGGCAGUAAUUGCGAAUCAAAAGGAAGCGCUUGAAACAACUGCUCUUUUAAAAAAAGUUAAGAUCGAUAUGGAUAAGAUAGGCAGCGACAUCUCUUCGAGUGAAGAUGAGUUAUUAACCGGAGAGAAUAAUUAUAGCCCCAUCGAUAGGAGCUCGUUAAUUAAAGACAAAAAUGAAGUGGAGGAUGACCAAAUGAGUUUAUCAUCGUUGAGUAGUAACGAUCAAAAAAUUGAGGAGGGGAAAAUUGAGCCAAAUAUGUUAGGACCACCUCCCCCACCCCCUCCAGGGCCUCCACCACCACCUGGACAUUAUCCCUAUCAACAAUACUCAG